AUGGUGGCGGUCAAUUUGUCCCAUAGAAGGACGCAUAAUUUGCUCCUUAUUUCGAAGCUGCUGAGUCUGCGGGAUACGACGUCCCCACUCACGCUGUUAGUGGAUUCAUUGGAGCAGCCCGCCACACCCCUCAUCCAGGAAUACAUCAGACGCGCCAACUUGUCCAAAGUUCAUGUCACUCUAGUCGCAUUCGAAACUCUGAAGUGCCCUGAAGGAUGUGAUGCGUUUAUUUCCACCCGGCGUAAGAGCCCAGCAGACAUCGUCAAAGAGGCUUCACGGGCCUACCAACCAGCAUCAACUGGUCCACCCAAAAGACGACUCAUUCUGAUCGACGCGAUCAAUCCACUCUUGACCUCGAGGAGGGUUGACAGCAGUUUUAGCCUUCCAGCAUUCUUCGGUGCCUUGAGCACUCCAAGUACAUCCGCCAAGUUAGAAACAUCGCUCGUGGUAGCAUAUCACCAUGAUGUGCCAGGAUCCGCGCCUUCAAACCUGUACGCGCCUUCUCAAUUCUCAAUGCUGACUUAUCUGGCGACGACAAUGAUCACACUGCAUUCGUUCUCUCAUAUUCUGGCUCAGAAGGCCGCUCGCGACCGCAGCUUGGCCGCCCCUGUUUUCGGACUCGAAGAAGAGCAAGAGGGGGUUCUGCUCGGCCGACUCGAUAAACUCUCUGGAACUGGCGCAGCGGAAGGCAUUGUUCUUGAGUUGGAGCAUCGCCGUCGUAGCGGGCGCGGUGUUUUGGAGUGGUACUUGCUUCCACCCGCCUCGCGCUACUCAGCGCGACAGGUCAAAGAGGUGGUCACGUUGCUGGAUGAUAACGUGUUGUACAAUCCUCCCGUCGAAGCCGACGACGCUGACGAGGAGCCGACCUCUACAUUCGACUUGGGUCUCACAGAGCGACAGCGCCGAGAUAGAGAGGGCGUCGUGCUCCCAUACUUUGACGCACAGAACGGCGAUGGUCCGGGAGAAGGAGGGCGAAUCCUAUACGACAUGGGCGAGGAAGAUGACUUCGACGAAGAGGAGGACGAGAUCUAA